AUGACAUUCGAGCAAGCAGAGAAGUGGCCGAUGAAUCCAUUCGACGUCACUAAAGUUUGGCCACAUGGCGAAUUCCCACUGAUCCCUGUGGGCAGAAUGACACUCAACAGAAACCCGAGAAAUUAUUUCGCUGAGGUAGAGCAAGCUGCCUUCUGUCCUGCCCAUGUGGUUCCUGGAGUCGAAUUCUCCCCAGACAAGAUGCUCCAAGGUCGAAUUUUCUCCUACAAAGAUACUCUUUCCAUCGUUUGGGUGCGAACUAUACCCAUUGCCCAUCAACUGUCCCUACAGGGUCGACCCUACAACACCCUGAGGGACGGUGCUGCUUGCUACGACAGUCAAGGGAACGCUCCAAAUUACUUCCCGAAUAGCUUCAAGGGUUUGAAGGAAUCUGGCAAAACGAUGGAAAGCGUAUGGAGCGUAUCAGGAGACGUGGCUCGUCACGAAUCCAUCGACGAAGACAAUUUCGAACAGCCACGGCAGUUCUGGGAAAAGGUAAAGUAG